GGGUUUCCUCCUUCCGUCGUCCUUCCGCUUGUUCGAUCCUGUGUUAGCAUCAUCCUCCAGGUUUAUGCUCGAAAUAGUCCGAACCAUCUUUGUUCUUGCUAAAGAUAUCUUCUCAGAACCGCAAGACGUGAGCGUACCAAUCAAGAAGCUGCGCGGUUUGAUGUUGCUUCGUUAAGCGACUGUGCAAAAAGGAACAACAAUAGGACUGAAUGUUCUUUGUGUUACUCCUCCAGACGACAAACAUGGAGCCUCACGAUGGUAUCGCGGCACUACGCUCCACUCGUUGUGCUUAUUGUCCUUGCUAAUAUUAGCAACGAGUGGCUAUUGUAUAUAUACUCUUGGACCAGGACAACCGACGCCUUCCCAUCGCCUUUCUAGCGUAUCACCGAGCCAGGAGCUCACAGUCUUUACACCCUCUUGUCCGGUCUCUUUUGCAUGUGCCUACUUGCCUACAUUCUUGCAUAGUCUCGUAUACUCUCGCUCUUUCAAGCUCGCAUCUCAUCUACGCCUACAUCACUAUCGCGUUGCAUCCUCACUAUCGUUGCAUUCCAUCCUCAUGCCCUCAUUCACACUUAGAUUCAUCUUCCUAUUUGCCGUUUUGGCCUUAAUGCAUCCCACGUUGGGUGCCCCUGCGUCUUUCCAGAAGCAGAACGCACUCGACGCACAGAAGCUCAAUGCUCAAUUCGCCGGAUUGAAAGCUUCCGAUUCAUGUACCGGUAAGUGUCUAGCUCUUCAUCUGCGCAUCUAUGGACUUCGGCCUGACAUGUGGGACUUUUUAUUAGAUGGGCAAUCAGCAUGCGUUGAAGGAUCUUUUGCACAGUGUGUUGGGUCUGCAUGGACGUUGAAGUCGUGUGGCUCAGACCUCACAUGUUUUGCACUCCCACUCGUAGCCAAGCCUGGUACAAGUCUGACUUGCGAUACCGAAUCGGAUGCCAUCGCUCGUAUGCAAGCUGCUGGUGCAGAUGCUAGCCUCACCGGUUCUAAUCCAAGCAACACGUCGAAGGCCUCGCAAUCUGCCAAAGUGAGCGCAUCGGCACAUGUACGAGCAGUCACUCUCCCAUCGUCUGGUGCCAAUGCGAUCAAUCGCAGCAGCGCUUUUGGAGCCUCCACGGCACCUUCACCUGCCGUUACUACGCCUACUGUGAAUAGCCGUGCGAGCGAGUUGAGGAAGCGGCAACAGCUGAGCUCUUCGGUUGACUUCAGUUCGUCUGCAGCUUCAAGCAUUUCUUCAUCCUCCGCAUCCACUCCUGUUUCAGUCACCUCGGCUCCCACGCCGUCUUCUUCUGCUACGCCCGACUGCAAUGGCUGUGAAGAGGACUGCGACACUGGUCAUGGUGUUUCAGUCGUGACUGUGGUAGUCACUACUACCGUAUUUGCCACUGUCACCGCUGCACCCACUGGAACACUCAGUGUUACUUCAGCCGCAUUCCAGUCCGCCUCCAGUGUAAUCAUAUCUUCUACAGCGUCCCCCUCCGCUUCUGCUGCUGCAAGCAGCGCCGAUAGUUCGUCUGCGUUUGGCUCUGCUACCGUCUCAAAUAGCUUCAGCUCCCCCACAGCAACCGGCUUCCCAACUGCGACGACUGGAUUCCCAGUUGCGACUUCCUCAGGCUCUUCUGUCGCAGAGAGCAUUGCUUCCACUGACUUCGGAAGUGCAUCUUCCAACCCCGUUCUCCAGGCCAGUCCAACUUCUGUCGUAUCCGACGCUUCUGGAAGUGCGUCCAGCAUCGCCAGCCCUCUGUCCACUAUCAUGUUGAACAAGCCAGGUUUCACCUCCAUCGUCGUUGCCUCGCCAACGAGCGUGGUGGCGAGUUUCGCGCCUACACCUUCUGUGACCCCUGCACCCAAUAACAUCAUCCUCCCUACUGAUUCGGCAGCCAUUGCGAGCAUGAUCACUGCUACUGUGAACUGAGAUUCUUUCGUUUGUGGUUCAUAAGGGUCCCAACUGCUGUAUCGAUAUAUACGUACUUUUGUGAACGAUGUAGAUUAGCGAAUUGUUGUGUAGCACUAUUCAAUGUGUAUCCUUUGCCUUUAAAUUCUGUGGAGUUAGCUGAUUUCGGGGUAAACGCUGAAAUGAACGUCGUCCAGACUCCAAGCAAUGUAAAGGCCCUUGCCAUUUUGAGACAGACGAUGUACAUGUGUCCGGUCC